UCUUCAGAUGUACCUUACAGUUACACGCUUGGAGCGUCAAUAAACUCGGCUGGGCGUCUGCUGCAACCGAUGCAUCCCUUGUUUCACUUGAGAAAGCAGAAAAAGCACACAUACUUUAUUCUUCAACAAUGUCUGCGAGUUCGCUAUUUGGCAGACUACAUUUGCGUCAUUGGUAUUCCUCACUGGGGUAUCUGUCAUUGCCUCGAUUCUACAGUCAAGUACCUAACCGACCAGCAUGGGAACCUCAACCCUGUUUGACAUUGGACAUGAAACUGGAAUUUGAGAAACUCUGGAAGCAACAUGUCGAUGACUUUGGCCUUACAAAACAUGAGAAUAGACAAAAUACGUACAUUCUUUCCAUGUUUCCAUACCCUUCAGGCAAACUUCAUAUGGGGCAUGUUAGGGUGUACACUAUCAGUGACACAUUGGCCCGAUUUUAUCGUAUGCAAGGAUUCAAUGUCCUUCAUCCCAUGGGAUGGGAUGCAUUUGGUCUUCCUGCAGAGAAUGCAGCAAUUCAAAAUAAUGAAGACCCCUCAACAUGGACUGAAAAAAAUAUUAAUGAAAUGAGAUUCCAGAUGAAACAAUUAGGAUGUAGCUUUGACUGGGAUCGUGAAUUUGCUACAUGCCAUCCAUCGUACUACAAGUGGACACAGUAUAUUUUCCUCCAAAUGUAUAAGGCUGGCCUAGUCUAUCGCAAACCUUCUCUUGUGAACUGGGACCCAGUUGACAAGACUGUUUUAGCUGAUGAACAGAUUGAUGAGAAAGGGAACUCCUGGCGAUCAGGUGCUAAAGCUGAAAAAAUUUUAUUAACACAAUGGUUUGUGAAAUCCACAAAGUUCUCAAAAAAUCUUCUGAAAGAAUUGGAAACUCUCCAAAAGGAGGACUGGGCUGAUAUUAUAAACCUACAAAAGUCUUGGAUUGGUGAAGCAGAUGGUGUAGCAUUUGAUUGGAAAAUAGAAGGGCUCAGCUCUGAUUUAUCCAUCCCAGUUUGGACCAGUAAACCUAAACUUGUGAAUAGAGUUGAAUUUAUUGCAGUUGAGCAAGGAAGUAUGUUGGAUGUACUUCAGGCACAUAAUUCUAUUAAAGAAUAUGAGUACACCACAAAAGAUGGUGAAACAGCAAAAUUUAAAGCUUUCCGCCUUAAUGUUGUUGCUUGCAAUCCAUUUUCAAAAGAGAAGGUACCUGUGUAUGUUGUAGAUGGCGUUUUGCCUUUUCCGCCUGGUUCAGACACAUACAUGGGAGUGCCUUCAGAAAGUGAAGUGGAUUGUAUGUUUGCAAAGACCGUUAACCUUCAAUGUAAAUUGCAGUUUGAGCAGGAUACCUCUGCAGAAACUCUGUGUUUGAAGGCACAGGAGAUGGGUAUUGGUGGGUACCCUGUCAGCUCUAACUUGAAAGAUUGGUUAAUAUCCAGACAGAGGUAUUGGGGAACUCCUAUUCCUAUCAUACACUGUUCAACAUGUGGUGCUGUGCCGGUUCCUGAAGAUCAACUUCCUGUACAGUUGCCACCUUUUCCAUCAAAUGAAGGGAGUGUGACAAAAAUUGCCUCACCCCUGGCACAGGCUAAGGAAUGGGUGAACACAAAAUGCCCUAAAUGUGGAGGGUCAGCUUCACGGGAAACAGAUACAAUGGACACAUUUUUUGACUCAUCAUGGUACUAUGUCCGGUUUUUAGAUGCUUUCAAUGAAAAAAAAUUAGUGUCAUUUGAUGAAGCUAAAAAAUAUUUGCCAGUUAAUGUGUAUAUAGGAGGGAAAGAGCAUGCCACUUUACAUUUGUACUAUGCAAGAAUUGUGUCUCAUUUUCUGCAUCAGUUGGGUAUAAUUCCAUGUCCUGAACCAUUUAAGCGACUGCUUGUACAGGGAAUGGUAAUGGGGCAAAGUUUCCAAGAAGAAGAGACUGGACGAUAUUUGACUAGAGAUAAAGUAGAAAUCAAAGAUAAUCUUGCUGUCUGCCGUGCUACUGGUAAACCUGUGAUUUCAAAGUGGGAAAAAAUGUCAAAGUCAAAACAUAAUGGUGUUGACCCCAUUGAUGCUAUUAAAUCUUUUGGUGUGGACACCACUCGUCUUCUUAUGUUGGCCGAUGCAGCUCCAUUUUCUCAGCGAAAUUGGAAUCCAGAAGGCUCAAAGGGAGUUUUUAGCUGGCAAAAUAACAUGUACAUGCUAGUUUCGCAUUUUCUCUCUGUACGUGACAGUGCAAAGACAGGGAUAUUGAAACCUAAUCCGUCCUCCCUCAGCUUUUCUGAGGGGGAGAAAGAAGCUUAUAGUUUGCGAAAUAAGCACUUGAGUACUAUAACUCACAAUUAUAGAAAUACACAUCAAUUCAUGGUUGCCAUCAAAAGCAUGCAGCAGUUAACCAAACAGUUAAAGUUAUUACCACCUGAGGUUGUAGCAUUUAGCAGACAAUACGAACUAGCUAUUGCCACCCUAAUCUCUACUUUAGCACCAAUGGCACCUCAUUUUUCUUCAGAACUUUGGCAAGGUUUCUUAUCGGCUCCUGGAAGACUUAACAUAGAUAACUCUGAUAUCAAAUGGGAUAAACCAGUUCUAGAACAGCCCUGGCCUACUUUAGAUAGCAAAUUUCAGCUCCCUCUUGCUGUAAUUAUUAAUCAUAAGGAAGUCUGUAUAAUACCUAUACCCUUUGAACAAUUUCGAACGUUGAAUGGAGACCAUAUGAUUGAAAUCGCUUUACAGCAUGAGAAAGUCAAGAAGAUACUAGACAAUAAAACAGUUCUUCAUUGCAAAGCAACAAGCAUGACAGAGCGUGCUGCUAGGGUAUCUAUGGCAGUGCCAGGACUUAAAAUAAGUGAGGAAGAUAUCAAAUAUUCCUUUACUAAGAAAGGUAGACAAGAAGCAGCAAAAAAGAAAAAUGAAAAGAAAAAAGAAAUGGCUGAGGAGCAAUAAUUCACCAUAAUCCAGAUUUCAAAAUAAAAAUAGAUUUAAUAAAUAAUGAGAAUUAGUUGUUUGCACCUUUUCAACUCAAAGCAAAAUAAAACAAAUUGGUGCAGAUAGAAUAGAGGAAGUCAUAAUAAAUAAAAUGAAAGAUAGAACUCAAGAGCAAAAUACCAAAACAUGAUGGUACAGAUAAUGGAAGUCAAAAUACAAUGAAAGAAGUCGGUACUGUAACAUUCCAACAAUUAGCCUGUAGGAUGAUGUUCACAUUUAGUACAUAUGAUAGUAAGUUAUCGUUGCCGGUAUCGAGCUGUUGCUUCUGAUUGUGAUGUGGAACCACUGCCUGAGCCAGAUUCACCCCAUCCGCUAGAUGGCGCAGA